GGAAGACGGGUUUGCGUUCGUUGCAAGAGAUGACUCUACUACAAGCGCGGCCGGGGAAGCUGGACGACACCACAUCAGGAGCACAAUUUCCACGACCACGACUCUUUGAUGACAGCGACGACGGUGGUGCAGAUUCAGAAAACGGUUGCGCUGACAGCAUUACCAGCGCUCGUGGGAGGAGCAUCGACGCUGAGGACGAGCAUGCGGAUGCGAGAAACAAGUGUUUUGUCCCGCGCAAAAGAGAUCACCACCACCAGAAAAGGAUUUCCAUGACGCAGGAUCACUACCUUCAAAUCCUGCAGCACCUUCUAGUGGCCCGGAAAGAAGAUUCGGGGAUACCAACGGGGUUUGUUUCCCGCAGUGGCAGCAAACUUCGAGUAAAACGAGAUCGAAAUGUUGACUCCUCUUCGGCUAGUAUGAAAAGUCUAGAUGUUGAGGUUGACCGCAACAAGCACAACCUCCUCCGCACGUUCUUGGCCUCCCACGAGAAAGCGCUGCAGCAAGGAAGUGUCUCGCCCGCGGCCGCCCUGCUGGAAAACCGGAUCGAGGCCGCGUGGAAGCUGAUCGCUAAUUUUUGGAUGCCUAUCGCUGGACAAGACGCACUUUCGGAGCUUGAUGCGGUAAAGUACACGGUGCUGAAGAAGUGGUUCUGUCGCUAUGGAGUCAAUCUGGUGGAGUAUAACAACCCUUUGCUACACCAGACCUUCGACAAUUUCCGAAAAGACGUGCUCUACCGCUGCUUUCAAGCAGGUAAGGGCGAAAAGCUUUUUGGGGUUUUGUUUUCGGACAGCACCCCUACGGUUGAUGACCGCCCGAACGUGGACAAAAAGGCAGGAGAAUUUUCUUCGGUGGUAAGAGAUUGUGAACAUCAUCGACUUCAACAUUGUAGUACUUCUCUAGCUCUGGAACAAAAAAAGAAGCUCAAGCGGUUGGAAGAUCUCGCCAGGAGGAAAAUUCAAGCCGUGUCCGCAGAUUUGGAAUCGCGACGGCAAAGAUCAUGGUCAGGGCGACGUCGAGAGGGAUCUUCCAAAAUGCGCACGAGCAAAACGUGCGGUAAGAAAAGCACUAGCGGGCCUGGGAAAAAGAGGACCACGUUGAAACGGCGAAAAGGUAAUCUCGUCGUCUUCCGCUGCGAAACAGAAAACGAGUUGCUCUCAUCCGAUGUUGCGGGAAGUGAAGAUGACGCAGAAGCAACUAGCAUCGGACCGCUUGUGUCAUUCGCGGCGACAUGGAGCGAGAUAGAUGAAGCGGAAACCAGCGAUGCCGAUGCGGCUGAGAUGUUGUCGUUCUGCCAAUAUCGAACAGAUCCCUUCGGUGCAACGUCGACCACACGACGCGGGUUGCAUGACGGUAAAGCAAGUUGUUCCACCGGACGACUGGAGGAACGGAAAUCGCCGCGCGGCAUGAAAAAUGCUGCAACUGCUCGAGAAAAGAAUCGUGAUGAAGAAUAUUUUCCCCACGAUCCGGGGAAGUCUCCCUCAAAGGCAAAGGAGUUUUCAUCUCCUCGUGGUGGAAAGGAGAUGAAACAAGAAGACGAUGACCGCACCAGAAAUGAUUUCCUUCCGCGAAAAGAACUACUACAGAAGAGCUCGAAGAAUAAACUAGUUGUCCCGGGUACUGGCUACUGGGCGAGACAGGCGGAGAACGAUGAUUUUGAGCACCAUGACGCGACCCUCGAGGACCCGUGGCUGGCCGCGCUCUACCGAAAGAAGGCCGGCCAGCUCGGCAUUAAUAUUGAGCGCGGCAGGAACGACAACAACCGGAACGCAGUGCCUAGUACUCGUGGUGCGGCAGCCGUGGUGGAGGUAGCAGAAGAAGGUUCACGAGGGGAGAUGACAGCGGGGGGUACGAAAGGUUGUGCCGCAAAGGACAACCGCGGAAGUAGUACAUCGAGCCUUUAUGUUUCGAGCAGUGCGGCUUUGCAGGGGCACUCGCCUGCAACGCGUAACUGUGGUAUGCAAAUCCCCGCUGACACGACAGCGCCAGACGGAACGGGGUCCGAGCAUUUGCUAGUGUCCAC